UGCACAUGCUUUUCUAAAAAAAUUGCAGAAAAUUUGCGGAAAACAGAAUUAAAAAAUAAAAAGAAAAAGAAAAAUGAAAAAAAUAGACUGAUGGGCAGCUAUUUAUAACAUUCAAGAGACCUGGUGACCUCUGUAAGUGUAAGUAUUACUUUUGCUUACACAAAAGGAAACCAAAAUUUUCCCAAUCUCUUCUGUAAGGACGAAAAGGGUAUAGAAGGGGGAGGAAAAGAAUGAAGGGUAGAUCGUCUUCAAAGCAAGGGAGGAUUAACAGAGUAGGGGUAUCAAUGGAAAAAGACAAAGUUGAUAAGGUUAAAGAGGAGCCUCAUCUCUCUGGUGCUUACAUACGUAGCCUAGUCAAACACUUGACCUCUACAAGGCCCAAAGAUCCCUUCGAUGGCGGAAUCGUAAAUAUGAAUGGCGAAUCCUUCGGUGAUCAUCUCAAUAUGAAACAAGAAUCACCACCACCACAACCACCACCUCCACCACCACAAAUCAAGAAACAAGUUAGGAGGAGGCAACACACCACAAGACCUUAUCAAGAACGCCUUCUAAAUAUGGCUGAAGCCAGGAGAGAAAUUGUCACUGCCCUUAAGUUUCAUAGAGCUUCCAUGAAACAACAAGAAGCCGCCACCGCCACCACCACCGCCACCGCCACCGCCACUGCCACUACCGUCGCCGCCUCCGUUCCUCAUUACUGGGCUAUACCUACAAUUGCUCCUCCUCCUCUGCCGCCACUAUAUCAAGAAAAUCUAAAUUUCCCACUUCCUAAUCAAACAUUAGGAUUAAAUCUCAAUUUUCAAGAUUUUAAAAACUUAGACGCAAACCUUUACCAGCAUCCAUUAUCAAUAUAUCCCUCUUCAUCGUCAUUAUCAUCAUCAUCAUCAUCAUCAUCAUCAUCUUCUUCUUCUUCUUCUUCUUCUUCAUCUUCAUCUUCAUCUACUUCCUCAUCUGCCGCCAUUUCCGCCGGUGAAACAGCAGCUGGCAUGCCGGAGGAGGUGGUAGCUGGCGGCCUACAUCAUGCCAUGGAUGAUGAGGAACUCGAGGAGAUUAAGUCGUUAGGAGAGCAACACCAAAUGGAAUGGAAUGAUACUGUGAAUUUGAUGAUGUCAGCACGAUGGUUCAAGUUCUUGAAAACCAUGGAAAUUGGACAAGAGGAAACAAAAGUUGAUACCCAAAAAGAUGAUUUUCAUGGGUUUAAUCCGUUUGAUCAAAUUAUCGAAUUCCCACCGUGGUUGAUAAAUGCAAAUGAGCAACACUUCCAUGAUCAUUUUUCUGAUGAUUACUUGCAAGAUCCUGCUUUAUCUUGGGUAUAAAAAGGUUUUUUUGGUUAUUUAUGUAUGCAGCAUGGACAUUGGUGAAAUUGACGGAAUGGAUGAAGGGGAAUGGCUAACCUAAAACAAGAUUGAUUUUUUUUUUCAAGUAAUCAAUUUGUGGAUGUAUUUUUGUAACAUUUUUAAGCUUCUUGUUCUAUUUCAUGCAACGUUUUCCUCUCUUUGUCGUGUAAUAAGUCUGCAGAAUGUCAUAUGGAGAAAAAUCAUAAAGACACAUUAUUAUACGUGUUAGUUUUGAUCUAUUUACUAUGAAACAGUUAAUUUAA